UUUAACAGUGGUUCACUUCUUUUUGUACUUGUAUGACACCAAAUGUACUGAAACUACUAUGACAAAACGAUCAUUAUGGCCACAGUUUGACCCUGGAACAGAUAAUUUCCAAUGUUUCAAACAAUUCCCAGGUUGUGUUGGACCGGAGGUUCCACUGUAGUUUUUAUUUAUUUAUUUAUUUUUAUAAAGGGUGCACAAUAAUUAUCACACUGACAUGAGGGAAUUGACGUCAUACCAGUAAAUCCGAUAACAUUAAAAAUAGCUUAGAUAACCGAUAAUUUAAAACCCCCAAAAAAACCUUCCAAUGUGAGUGACCAAAAACAUUCACUUUCUGAGGAAGACACUUUGUGUGCUAGUUGUACCAAAUGCUCUGCGAUGAGCGGGGGAAAAAACCUGAAAAGCCACCUGAAACGACAGCGAGGCGGCGGCGAUAUUUGAUUAGGACAAAUCAACAGGUACAGUGGUCAAAUCCUAAUUUGUUCCAGUCCUUCUUACCUCCUGGUGUGCACAUACUACAGUUAAAUAUAAAUAAAAAGUACCUAAAAAAAAAAAAGUUAUCUGUACCAUAUUGAUCUUGAAGCAGAAAGUUAUUGGUAUCGGUUUGAAAAAAAAAAAAAAAGAGUGCAUCUUUUGUUGUUGUGGUUGUACCUUCAUCUCCCCUUCCUCCACCACCAGCUGCCAGUUGGCAUCUCCACCGACAUCCUGGAGGGAGUAGGUCAUGUGACUCUGCACCAUCUCCUCUACCUGGAGACAGGUUGGAAUGGUGAGUCUUUCCUUUAAACACAAAAUGCUUUGGAAAUGACGUCAUGGAAAAAUAAAUCUUAAGUGAGGAGGAAGCAGCAGCAGCAGGAGGAGGAGGUGACUUUUACCUCUGUGCUAAAUCUGUGGACAUGCUGCACAGAGGACGACAGACUAAUAAGAGGCUACAGCAGACAUGAGAAAAGAUGACGAGAAGAAGAAUGAAUGAGAGCGAGACAGAGGGAGAGAACCUGCUCAGCUAAUCUGUGAGAGCCCGAGCUGGAGAAGACGUCUGGUGGUGGAACUGGACUGGACCUCUGGAUCCUCGCCUUCUCAGUCUGACACUGGAACACACAAAAGCAACUAAGAGGAAGCACAUUUAUAGACUCCAAAAACACAGCAGAUUGUGUGAUCAAGUGGCUGUAAAGACGUUAGUACGAGUGCAGCACCAUGUGUCGCAGCAGAUAUUGGACAUGAUUUAGCAUACCUGUUCUAUUUUGUCCUGUCGAUCCAGAGCAGCUUCGACUGCGUCAAAGAACUCCUCCUCGUUAAUGAGGCUGUUUGGACCUUCCUGCCAACGAGGAGGCAACAGGAAGUCACGUCAACAGUUCACACAGAGAGUGGCUAGUUGCUACAUGGCGUCACCUCGUAAUCUGGACCUCCAAAGUGGGACUUUUUCUUCAGCUCAUUCAGGGCCGACUUGUAGCUCUCCUCGAUUCGUCUCCUCUUCUCCAUCUCCUGCAAACAUGCGCGCAAGAGAACGUUGAAAUAAACUGACUCACAAACUCAACAAAGCAACAAGUCAAGCACCUUGUCCAGCCUCUUCUGCCAGCUGUCCUCCCUCUUGACCAUCAGGUCGAUGCAGUGGGACAGUGUGGCCAGGAUCCCAGCAGUGGUGGCUUUGAACGUGAUGGCCUCGCCUUUAAAGUCGAUGCCGUUCACGCCCUUGGGGCUGGAGCACUGGAAGACUGCAGAGAAGCACCUGUUAGCGUGCGGCUCCAGCUGUUUUCAAGCGGGAUAUUGGCACUAAUUGACGGGUGGAUGCCUUACGUUUGUCUUUGCUGCCAUUGUGGUUGUGAAGAAACUCUCCAUCGUUGCGGGUGUUGGGGAAGUCGUCCUCGUCAUCCUCCACAACUGAAUGAAUGAGAGAGCUUUUCGGUUACUGUACACACACACACACACUGCCAUGACGCCGCUGUGCUUGACAAGAUGACAAUGGUGCGGUUUCAUCUUGAGAAUGGAGCGAGGCGGAGAGGGAGCGGAAUGAGAACAAAAGGAGUGGCGAGCUGCCAGGCAUGAAUGCUCAGCCAAGACGAGCGUGAGGAGGCACAAAACACACACUCCAAACACUAAAGCUAAAGACUCAACCAAACAUCAGUGCUUUCCGAGGGCCACGAGGAGCACGCGGCAAGGACCUUUUCCAAUCGCUUACUUUUGUCUCGCUGCAGUUCGUCCUUGGAGACGCCGUCUGCGCAGCCAUCAAAGUAUUUCUGCAGUGUGUCCACCUGUCUGCACAGGAUGUCUCUGAAGGUCUCCAUCUCUGCCAGCUUCUCUCGCAGGCUGUGGCCCUUCUAGAAGAAAGACAGGGUGAUCAGAUUGUGCUCCGGCUGGUGGAUAUGGAUGGGACUUUGGUGUGAAAAUGUCACUCGACACUAUGAAGUCACUGGAGAAGAUCACCUUGAAGGAGGAGGUGGAGGUGGCCGAGUAGCCGCUGGUGGCUGACGUGAGGGACAGCAUAGAGCCAUGCCGCCGCAGGCUCGACUCAGAACCGUAGCCGGGAUCAGCCUGGAGAGAAGAGACACUCAGAGAGGGGCCCGAAAAGCUUGUGCAACCAUGACAGCAACUUGGCUUAAUCUGCCUGCACCGCCUUUGAGCGACACUUCCAAGCUGCACCACCAGGAGGCAGUACAAACACAGAUAUGUGAACAAGAUGGUAACCCUGACGACAUGACGUGGUGGAACUGUGUACCAGAUGCAGACUCCAGAUUAAUCCUGGCUGGGGCCUGUGACGUAAAGUGGACUUUGUAUGAUGGCGCAAGCAUCGAGCAGCAGCAGAGACAUCACGGCGGCGGCGGCGGUGGCGUGCCUGCAGGAGCUCACACACGUCCCCACUCUCUGCUGAGAUGCAGUCUAAAAGAUAAGAUGGCUGAUGGCCGCGUCUGCUGAGCUCUUGCAGGACUGAUCAGCUGCCUCCUUCCUGGCCGCUCCCGCUCGAUGGGGUUCGACCUCCGCACUUAAUUAAAAGUGUUCUGGCAGCCUGACCGGUGUACCCAGCAGUUGGUGAUUUGACCUAAUAAACUACCCAGAGCUUGUGUCAGCCAGCUUGAUCUAGUGGAGUUGCUGGAAUAGGCUAGGUCCAAACAUUUAGUGCUUAGCUUUGUCUGUGUCAAGAUGAAUGAAACGCACAACAACAGGACUUCCCUGGUCAAAGGCGCCAAGGACAUCGCCAAGGAGGCCAAGAGGCAAGCUGCCAAGAACUUCAGCAAGGCAGUGGACCGUGCCUCCGAUGAAUACUCAACCCAUCGCAGCUACAAUCGAUUCCAGAACGAGGACGAGGAGGACUACAAUUCCUACGGACAGCCCGGCGGUCAAUACGACGACAAUGCAGCCAACGACGAGGACGGGGCGUCCAGCGAUGCCACUGAGGGCCACGAUGACGAAGACGAGAUCUACGAAGGGGAAUACCAAGGUGUGCCCGCCCACCAGGACGGGAAGGCCCAGGACGGACAGGUGGCUCUGGGCCAGCCGGUCGGCGACGGCCUGAAGAGCCACAAGGAGCUGGAAAACGAGAGGCAGGCCGACGAGGAGGAGCUGGCGCAGCAAUACGAGCUCAUCAUGCAGGAGUGCGGACACGGGAGGUUCCAGUGGCAGCUCUUCUUCGUGCUCGGCUUGGCGCUCAUGUCAGACGGCGUGGAGGUGUUUGUGGUGGGAUUCGUGCUGCCCAGCGCUGAGACCGACAUGUGCGUCCCCAACUCCGGCGCUGGAUGGCUCGGCAGCAUCGUGUACCUGGGGAUGAUGUUUGGAGCCUUUUUUUGGGGUGGCCUGUCGGACAGGUUGGGCCGCAAACAGUGCCUCCUGAUAUCCAUGUCGGUCAACGGCUUCUUCGCCUUCCUCUCCUCCUUCGUGCAAGGCUACAGCAUGUUCCUUUUCUGCCGCAUGCUCUCGGGAUUCGGGAUCGGCGGCGCGGUACCUAUUGUCUUUUCGUACUUUGCCGAGGUACUUGCCCGGGAGAAGCGAGGCGAGCACCUGAGCUGGCUUUGCAUGUUCUGGAUGAUCGGAGGGAUCUACGCUUCGGCCAUGGCGUGGGCCAUCAUCCCGCACUACGGUUGGAGUUUCAGCAUGGGCUCCGCUUACCAGUUCCACAGCUGGCGAGUGUUUGUGGUGGUGUGUGCUCUGCCUUGCGUCUCAGCGGUGGUGGCCCUCACGUUCAUGCCCGAAAGCCCUCGCUUCUUCUUACAGAUGGGCAAGCACGACGAGGCCUGGAUGGUCCUCAAACACAUCCACGACACCAACAUGCGAGCUCGCGGAGAGCCCGAGAGAGUCUUCACCGUCAACCGCAUAAAGAUACCCAAGCAGUUGGACGAGCUGGUGGAGAUGCCGAGCGAGUCGACCCACCCCGUGCUCAAAGUUCUCUUCAAAGUAAAGGCAGAACUGCGGGGGAUCUGGUCCACUUUCAUGAGAUGCUUCGACCACCCUGUGAAGGACAACACUAAGAAGCUGGCGGUGGUUUGGUUGACGCUCUCGUUCGGGUACUACGGGCUGUCCGUGUGGUUCCCCGACGUGAUCAAGCACCUCCAGGCUGACGAGUACGCCUCCAGGGUGAAGAUUCACAACAACGAACGCAUCGAGGAUUUCACCUUCAACUUCACGCUGGAGAACCAGAUCCACAGAAACGGGGUGUUCCUCAACGACCGGUUUAUCAGUAUGAAAUUCAAGGCCGUCUCUUUCAUCAACUCCUCCUUCCUCAACUGCUACUUUGAGGACGUCUCCUCCGUGGGGUCCUCCUUCAAGAACUGCACCUUUGUCGACUCCUUCUUUUACAACACAGAUAUUGACGAUGCCAAGCUGACAAAUUCGAGGGUGAUCAACAGCUCUUUCCACCACAACAAGACCGGCUGUCAGAUGACCUUUGAUGACGACUACAGCGCCUACUGGGUCUACUUCGUCAACUUCCUGGGAACGCUGGCCGUGCUGCCCGGAAACAUCGUCUCGGCCCUCCUCAUGGACAAAAUAGGGCGUCUCAGCAUGUUAGGGGGCUCCAUGGUGCUGUCAGGCAUCAGCUGCUUCUUCCUGUGGUUCGGCACCAGCGAAUCCAUGAUGAUCUUCAUGCUGUGCCUCUACAACGGCCUCAGCAUCUCCGCCUGGAACUCCUUGGAUGUGGUCACCACGGAGCUCUACCCCACAGACAGGAGGUGGGUCGGGCCCAGUUGUGUGAAAUACCACUACCACUUCAUUAGAGGCACCGGCUUCGGCUUCUGCAACGCCAUGUGCAAGCUGUCGGCCGUGCUGGGCAACCUGAUCUUUGGCUCGCUGGUGGGCAUCACCAAGGCCAUCCCCAUCCUGCUGGCGUCGUGCGUGUUGGUCGGCGGUGGCCUAGUGGGCCUGCGGCUGCCAGACACUCGGCCCAACGUCCUCAUGUGAAGCUGAGCAGCGUGUGUGUGUGUGUGUUGUUUACCAGGCCUACGCUACGUUUUGCCAAACAGCGAUGCAAGCUACUUUACCCCCCUUUGUCACAAAAUUUUGCAAAUGCACAUUAUUUGAACUUGAUGAAUUUCGGCUGGGCGUCGCGUUCUCUUCCAAGUUUUAUUCAAAGGUGUGCAAGCGUCUGAGCAUCCUUUUAGUUCUGCUUCUGUGCUGCAUCACGUAGCUGGAUAAAGUAUAUUUACACAUCAAAGCACAUUUCAAAGAGGCAGACCUUUCCUGAUGUGGUGGUUGAAACGAGCACAGCACCUUGCGUGCAUUAGUUCAUGACUGCAGUGUCGCACUGAAGCUGCACUAGGAGAACGUUUUUCAACCUGACAGGGCGCUGUAGCUUUACUUUCACGGAGGGAUUCCCUGGAAGUCGUCGUCACACAAGCGCCACGUAAUUUGCACGCCUCAAAUACUGUGACAAGUGUCUUUAUUUGUUGAUUUAUUUAUUAAUUUCUGCGGCUGUUUACGCACUUGUUUACGGGUUUUUUGCAGUCCCAUGAAAAGCAUGUGCACUAUUUCCGUGUUAAGCCAGUUUUUCUUUGUAUACGUGUUUUUUGUCACUGUUGUUUAAUUGUUUUGCUGCCGUGUGUAUUUGUACUGCCCACUGCCCCACGGAUUUAGUUGGGUUAAAAGGUCAAUAAUGCAGUCUCGAUGAUAAUAAGGUAAGCUGCCCUCCUGUGAACAAAAAUGUCCUAACGUCAUCAAAAGUGAAGACAGAGAUACCAUAUUUGGCCCAUGUUGACAUCUCAAGCACUGCUGCAAGCACACAGAAAAUGUCUGACGCGUCCAACAGACAGGAAUUCAAUGAGUCCCCCGGUGGGACACAAGUCAUAGGAAACUGUCGUUAUGCUAUGGCAACUUGAAAACGUUUUUCAAAUUUCCUAUUAAUGUCAUUCAACGUUAUAAAAAUAAUUUACAGUAACAGUGGCCAAUUUGAAAAUGUUAAUAUAGCAAAUGUAGCAUUUUGAGUGAGGGGAAAAAUAUGGAAAAUUUUUAUGUCGUAAUAGCCACAAGACUUGUUUUGUUUUGGACAUAAUCCGGUAUGCUAUGGCGUUAAAGUCAUGCCAAAACCUGACCAGCACACCAAACGUGUUUUUACUCACGCCCAACGAGUCACAGCCCAACUCGGUGUGGUUUGCAAACACAAAACAUUCACAAACUUCUCAAAGAAACAAUAUGCGUUCAACCGUUGCUAAUAGAAAAGGCGGACCUCCCAGCCGCUCUGCGUUAUUUCGUCUCCGUUCGUAUCACCAGGCGCUCUCACCUGUCCGUUGUUGUGUGAUACAAGCGGAGGGACUGAGAGGUCUGUCUUUUUGUUAGCAACGGUUAUACGCAAAUAUGCAUGCAUACUCAGUUCAUUACGCAUCAUAGUCGCACAUGAAGCGUAAUAAAAUUAAAAUCGUCCUGGCGGCCUUAAAUUGAAUCAACAGCGCCACCUGCUGCUGUGGUGUGCAAAUUACAGGCCAUUUCUCAGAAAGUUGACUGGCUUCCGUCUGCAAAACAAGAGUACAUUUGUAUGUGGAACUGCAAGGCGGAAGAUUAGUGACAAAAGUUACGUGACAGUUUUAACACAGGUCACCUCAUGUUAAUGUUAGCUAACCACACUCGGAGCAUACUUACCUUUGCAGACAACUUACCGAUUUUUGUUUGUGAAUCGUUGGGCGUGAGUAAAACUUGUCUUGUGUGUUUGAAGUUUGGGUGCAAUUUUUGCUGUAAAAAAGUCUAGCGAUAAACCCGAGUGUGCUUUUUUUGUAGGAUUUCCUACUAAAUUCCACUCUGUAGCGUCCACAUGAGACCCCUCUGCGUUAUCAUUCCAGCGUGACCUUUCAACCCUUGUGCUUGGUUUGCAAAAAUAACAGGGCCAUAUAUGUAGACUUCAAAAAAAAGGUAGUAUAUUGAAAACUCAGCAGCAGCAUUUCUAGAGUGACAAAAAAGUUUACAUUUUCUUUUUAACGCAGCAGCGUGUGAGGCUCUGAACCGCUUCCCCCUUUUGUCUGUGUUGUGUUCCCGUUGAAAGCUCCUCUUCUGUCUCGCAUCACUUUCCAGAUUGUGUCUUUCUUUUGUCUGGUGUGGCCUCCUCCCUCCUAGAACAGCUCAAAAACCUUUUCUCUCAUGCGGAGUCUCUCUCGCCUCCCAAACUUGGUUGAGAGAUUUGUUGCUUUGUCGCAUUGCUCAUCUCUGCAUUCUGAUAAGAUGAAAAGCCAUUUUUAAAGGGCCAGCGCACCCACAUGGCUUGCGUCUGACAGUGGAACCUCUUAAGGUACAACAUAAUUGUUUCCAGGACAAUAGUCCGCAAAGGAAGAGCGCACUUUUUUUGUAAUUUCAUCCACAAUUCUUAAGAGACAUGAAUACACGUUUUUCUCUUUUCUGUGCGUCCUAAAGGUAUAAAAACAGCUAAAAAGAGGCAGCUAAGAAUGCACGUAAUGGGACGGAAGUAUUGCGCUUCUGGAAAAAAUUAAUCAAGCUGCAGCAAGAUUGUUAAUGUUGAAGAACUACGCUGCAUGCGUAGUGACACCUUGCCAUAGCACUCUGGCUAGCUCCUGGCCGACGAGUGACUAGCUUCACCACACACUUGCUCACAGCGCCUCAGGCCGCUAGUGAAAGGUAACGCUACACAUUGGAGCUGCCGCCACUGCUGCUGUGUUUUUGUUUUUGAGUUUGAAAAAGUUAACGCUAGGUGUAGCAAUGCUAUGUGAAAUCAGUGCGCCCAGGUAGGAAGUUCUGCUAAUGCAUAAAAUGACCAAAAUACUGUAAGUAUUCCAUGUUAUCAUGAAUGUACGUGUUACUACAUGCUCACAGCAUGGAUAUAAACCAUAAAACCUUGUUGGAGGUCUUUUAAUAGCAGACUUUCUAGGUGGAAUAGGUGUGUCCCAGUACGUGCAUGAAUUAGCUGCCUCAUUUUAGCUGUUUUUAGAUCUUUAGAACACACAGAAAAGUGUGUUCAUGUCUCACAUAAGGAUUGUUGAUCCCCCCCAAAAAGUGCACUUUUGCUUUUAACUGUACAGGCAGUGUUAUAAAUGACAUUUGUAACCCAUUUCUGGUUCUAUGGUCAUCAUCACAUUUCUUUUUCCUAUUUGCCAUGACUGGUGACCGUACUGCGACAGAACCACAGGAAAUUGAUAGAAAUGCGGAAACAAAACCACACGAAUGCUUUAUUUUCUCAGUCUUGAAGUUGUGCUGUUUUUUAAUUUAUUUUAUUUUUGUGCUGGAAAGUGGCGUCAGGUUUUUGCACACAUUUUUGAGCGAGUUGAGUGAACCGACCCCUUUUAAACCUUGACAUCAUUUUCCCGUCCAUAUUGAGCUUUGUUUAUGAGGGUGCUUCUUGAUGCCACCUCGCACUUCCUGUUUCCAGAGCCAAACCCCUGCAUGGUUGUUACAAAAGUCCUGAUCGUCGUCUGUGAUCCGUCCUCUUCCUCUCUGUGUCCCCGCUGUCCUUCCUUCACUUGUGAUGCCAGGUUGAAGGAUGUCACACACGUGUGGUUGACAUAAUUGUGUGUUGUGCUGCCGGUGGAUGACUUAUUUUAAUAAGAAAAGCUUGGGUGCGUCACUCUGGUGUUACAAAUAAAAUGUCGCAUUUGAACACCUUUUGGGGGUUUUGUUGUUCUAUAUGCUCACCAGCAGGUGGCAGUAUUGGCACAAUGCUGUUUUGGAGAUUGUUUUUAAUGACUACUGUACUGUGCUAAUACUCUUUUUGUUUAGUUUUUUACUUAUUUUUGAGGUUGUAUUGUCACAAAAGGUGAGGAAAAACAGCUUAAUUCAACAACAGCAACCACAUUCUAGUUGUAGUGUGUAUUUUUUUUCCUAAAAAACAAUUUUUUUCAUUUUUCAGGAAGUAAUUUUCUCAGUUCUUUGUGAUUGCAGACGUGUCUCACUGCUUCCUGUCACAGGAAGUCCAGGAAAUGCCACCGUCGUCACUGAGAGAAGAGAGAAGCUGAAAUUGUUCAAAGGAAGAAGGACCAGUAUUUUAUAGACAGUUUAGACGUUAGUUAAAUAUUUUUAACAAAUUUUGACGUAGCGAUUAUGUCACGACGACAUAAAGCAUCUGAAGCCAGCAGACACAGACGAGGCAGUCCAAUAAAUCACGUUUACGGCCGAUAAACAUGCAACGCACAGCAUAUAAAACAAAGUAGACAAACUUUUAAGGAAGCUUUUUGUAUUUGUCCGAUCAUCACAGGCAAAACUGCAAACUCGCAUAGCAAUUAGUUGUUAAAGUAAAGCUUGGAGCUCAGUCAGCGACAGACAAGGGAACGGGAAGCACCUUGAUUUUAAAAUGGCCAGUAUUUGCCAUCUGUUUUAUUGGGGUUUAAAAAAAAUCACACAAGUAGUGGUACCAGGAUGUAAAGAAAUUCGAUUAAACAUUUAACUGUGAUUGAUCACAUUUUGUCUAUAAAAAACUCAUAAUUAACGUAGAUUAAUCACAGAAAGAAGUUUUUAUAAUACGUAGGGAUGUAAAUCUCUGUGGCAAACGAUUCGAUACGCAUCGACCUACACCGGUUAUGACACGAGUCAAAAACGAUAUAUUUUAAAAGCAGAACAAUUUAUACUUGGAUUCGGAUACAGUGUACAAACGAUACCAUUCAACGGUUACGCUUGCUGAUGUACAUGUAUUUUAAGAGCACAUCAGAUCCCCAAGCACGCUGUGAGGCGGGGGUCCCCAAGCCACGGGAAACGUUCAGGAGCAAUGAUUACAAUAAAGCACUUAAAAAGUAAAAUCAUUUGUAACUACAUCAAAUUUUAUGUUAAGGGACAUAUGAUUUUUGGAAAUAUGGGCUAUUAUUUUGUUCAAAAAAUAAAGUACAGUUAGAAAUCCCACAGUGUGAGCGGCAACUUUGGCUGUCGUUGAACGCACCUUCUAACUUGAUGCCGCACAGAUAGACUAUUAUACUGUAUUUUUAUCCUUUUUCUUUCACCUCAUAUUUGGUCCAAAUGCUGAUUCUAUGUGGGGAUGCAUGAAGGUAAGAUUUGAUGACUUGACUGAGUGCUGAAGUACACAUUACAGUAUUUGUAUGGUGCACAAACCCCAGGCUCAUGCUGGUGGAUGGUGGCUAUUCAUUUGAUGUUCCUGUCGUAGUUUUACACAACACAUAAUGAAUAAGAUCAAUUAGAUCUCUAUAAUGUACAUACUGUAUGUUUUGCUGAUGUGUUUAAAAUUUUUCCCGGCGACUAGCCAGUGCCUCGCUAAUGCUAGUGCCGCUAAUGCUAUGCUAAUGCUCAUCUUGAGCCAUGGUCACAUUGACACAAGCCCCCAAAUAGCUGUCCUCCGCCAUGCCUGCCGGUAACUGGCAGCUCGUAACCCAAAUAUGAGCUCGCAGUUCAAAGCAAAAACUCAGCCGAGAGACGGCUUGCAUCCAAAAAAACGAGUUGGGACGCUUGUCUGCCAAGGUACCGCGGCAUAAAUGCCAAUCAAAAAAACCCUGGCAGUGCUCCACCAUCUCACUUCUCCCUGGCAGUCGACGUACUCCGUGACGACUCGGCUCACAGCAACAGUAGAUGCUAAUAACUUUGCUCUUGUUGUGGGAGCCGUCUGCCAGGGCUUUGAAGCUAAACUUAACAUUCAAAAUACCCGCUUCUUUGCUCAUUUCUCCUCAAUAUUUUUUCCCGCUUGUGGCUCCACUUCCACCGCUGCGUUUCCUCAAACUACGGUGUGGGCCGAGGCUCACUGCGCACGUCAAACAAAAUAGUGCCGUUGAAGGAAACGUCCGUUAACACGUUAACGUUGACAGCCCUACAAAAAAGGAAUUGGUAUCGAAUCCAAAAAUCUGUUAUCGCCCAUCACUACUUUGAAUGCCUGGAAUAGGCCUUCUUUUAUAAACCAGAGGCCCCGCCCAUCGGCGCGCAAAAAAACCCAAAUGUAUCAGAAAAUAUACACGUCAUUUUGCAAAAAGAAAAAGUAAUUAUUCAAGGCACAGCGAGUUUAAUACAAACAUGAGGAAAUAAAACAGUGAUGACGUCAUAAAUGCGCCCGGUGACGUUGCACAUGGAUGCCGCCAAAGUGAGGAGGUAAGAUUUGCUUUUAGGUACGAAAAAUGAAGGUUUUUGUCGGAAACAACAGAUCGGCAGACACACCGAGUGGGCAUCGUCGCCGUAUUCCCGGUCGUCAUGGUAGUUUGAUGUUGCCCUUCUUUACUGGCGUCCUCCUAGUCCGUAUGUUUUACCUUCCUCAACGGAAGUCCAAAAUUCCAAAGUCCGAAGUUCCGGGAAAAUUAAAAUCCCGGGAGUCAUUAUCAUUACCUAAAAAAGCGCCGGGUCGGACACGCCCAUGUUUUUUAUACGGUGUUUGGAAGUUUGUUGACAUGUUGCUGUUGCUGACAUGUUCCCAGACUCUGUCAUCGCUCACAAAUACUCGGCAGGAAAAAGCAAAGGCUGGCGACCACUCCAGGGUGUACCCCGUCUCUCGCCCAAAGUCAGCUGGGAUAGCCUCCGGCAUACCCCCGCGACCCGAAUGAGGAUAAGCAUCAUAGAAAGUGGAUGGAUGGAAAAAGCAGGGCCACGCAAAUCAUCAAAAGUUUGUUGUGCCGCAGAAUACAGCGUACCUUGCUGGGCCUCGCCAGGUGGCUCCUCCCGCUCUGUACUCCGGUUCUCCUGACCAACAAAUCAACAGACAGAUUGAUCAAAGUCUCACUGGAUCAGAUUCAGAUCCGGUUGCAGGAAUGACCGGAAAAGUGACGUCAUCCCAAAAGAAUUUUGAGUCCUCUCCUGAUUGGGGCCCACUUUGAGGGGUGGGGCGGGCCCAGCAGAACAUCAUGCGAAAGAGAAGCACCAGCAGCACACACAGAAAGAAGGUCCACUACGCAUCAACGACUCGGACACUGAUUUGCUUUGUUGGACUUUUUUGGGCUUUGUUCUUCAAGCUGCAGG